AUGAAUAAAAAUGCUAAAGAAAAAAAUGAAAUAUACUCUUAUGCUGAUAAAGCCAAUUUUUCUAAUAUGACAGGAGAUGAACUAAUUGAUAAAAGAAUAGAAUAUUUAUGGAAUUUAGCCUUAUCUACUAUUUAUAUUAAUGCAAAAUUAUCAAUGAAAUAUAUUACUUUAAUUAAAAAAAUCUCAAAAAACAAUUUGCUUUUUGAUCAUAUAUGUUGCCACUACUGUAAUUUAAUUUAUAUUCCUUUUUAUAACUGCGAAAUAAAAGAAGACAAGAAUAGAAUUUUAUUUAAAUGCUUUUUAUGUAACCAUAAAAAACGUGUAAACUUACAAUACUUUGCUACGCAAAAAAAAAACAAUUCUUUUAAAGAUAAUAAAUUUUUAAACAGUUCUACUAGUUUAAAUUUUUUUAUUAUAAAUGAAAUUGAUAAUUUUGCAAUAAAAAAAAAAAAUAAUGAUGAAAAUAUAAAUGAAAAAAAUGUAAAUGAUGAAAAUAUAAAUGAAAAAAAUGUAAAUGAUGAAAAUAUAAAUGAUGAAAAUGUAAAUGAUGAAAAUAUAAAUGAUGAAAAUAUAAAUGAUGAAAAUGUAAAUGAUGAAAAUAUAAAUGAUGAAAAUGUAAAUGAAGAAAAUGUAAAUGAUGAAAAUGUAAAUGAAGAAAAUGUAAAUGAAGAAAAUAAAAAUGAAGAAAAUAAAAAUGAAGAAAAUAUUAAAGAAGAAAAAGAUGAUAAUGAGAAAUAUUAUAAAAAUAAUAUUUAUGAAAAUAUGAAUAAAUUUUUUAGAAUUGAUUAUGGUAUGCUUAAUGAUAAAAUUCAAAAAUCAAAUAGUUCCAAUCGUUACAAUAAUAAAAACGAAAUAUUUAACAAUCAUGAUAGUAAAAUUAAAAAGAAUGACUGUUCUUAUAAAAAUAAUAAUAUAAAGAAAAGAAAAAAUAGUGAGGAUAAUAAUAAUAUAAUAUAUAGAGAUGAAAAACUUAGCAUUUCACACUUUAAUACCAAUGAUAAUUUUUUAAAUUUUAAUAUACGAAAAAAAAAAAAAAAAAAUAUAUUAGAUAUACUUUAA